AUGGCGGUAGAAGAGGGCGAUCUCUACCCGACCGAGGCCCUCGUUUCGAAACAGUCUCGGAAACAUUAUCGUAUACCAGUGCGAUCACAACAUUGGCAGCUGCGCUCUCUAAUUAGCGCCGAAAAGCAAAACAUCGUCUACUUCCCAGGGGGCAACGGUAGCAACCAUGUCCAACGACUGAAUGUAUCGACCCGAGAAUGCGAAACCAUCAAACUCCUCACUUUUGCGCCGCGAUGUCUUGUUGCCGAGAAUGGAUGGUUAUGCUGUGGUAGUGAAGGUGGCGACUUCGUGGCGAUGCGGCUCGAUGAAGGAAACGACGAUACCGACUCCCCACCCGGACUAGAUCCAGAAACUCGACUGAGCCUUGGACUCGACUCCCGUGAAGAUUCUAUAUUCUCCCUCAUAUCACGCGCCAGACGAUCCAAUAAGAGUCUGAUUGCCAAAAGCAUGAAAUUGGCCAAAGACCGGGUAAACUGCAUCACGCUCUGGUUCCCCCCGACAACGAUGCCGGCGAAUGAAAAGGCCUACAGGGAACCAGUAGCAAUACUGGCCAACAACGACCGGACUGUCACUGUAGUCAGUCUAAAUGACUUUGAUCAGAAAGAAAAGACCGAACCGUUAGAUGUCAUCACAUACCCCGACUUCGUGAACCGGUCUCUCCUAUCUCCCGAUGGCCGGUUUCUAAUUUCCAUUCUUGACGAUCCGUAUCUAUACAUCCACGAGCGUGUAAAGAAGACUACCGAAUCACCAGCAAACAAGUCACAGGACGAGCCUGCAUAUCAAUGGGAGCAGACGCAACGAAUUUUACUUAAAAGUCAAAGCAAGGACGAUAGAACCGACAGCAGAGGCAGCUUCGCGGCAUGUUUCUCGUCAUCUGGAGCAUACCUCGCUAUUGGAACACAGCAUGGCACAAUCUCUAUUUUCAACGCCGGUCUUCUUUCAAACCCCGAUGCCGACCCCCUUAUCACAACAUUUGAGUCUUCCAGGCCACGUAGUGGCCCUGGUGCUAUUCGCGAUAUGUCCUUUUGCCCCGGACCAUACGACUUGCUAGCCUGGACCGAGGAUCGAAGACAUGUCGGAAUUGCAGAUAUGCGAAGCAACUUUGUCGUUCGCCAAAUCGUCGACAUUGAGGAGCCAAUAUUUGAGCACAUCAACAUACUUGAUCGAAACACGAUUGACCCACGACUAUUGGAGAACCGUCGUGAAAGGAGAGGCAACGCCGUAGGUUCUGGAGCCGCAAACAGUUACCGACAUCGAGAUGCGCUCGAACAUCUCAACACCCCUCUUACUGCUAGUGAGACGCUGGUACUUGAAGCCAUGCAGAUGGAGCGACCCAGUCGUGAGAGAUUGUCUCAGCGGACCUCAGCAGCAGAAGAUAGGACGUUAGGUGCUGCGGCUGAUUUUAGGGCCUGGCGCCGUAACACUGCUGCCGUUGCUGCUGCCAUCGAAGCUGAGACUGAGGCUGAUACUCGAGGAAAUAGUGGCCUUGGCCGCGCUAUGGGAGAUAUCAUAGGCGGCAAUUACAAUAGAGUUCGUACUCGUGAUGGUUCACUCGCCUCACGGCCCUCGGGUCUUGCCCCGGGCGAGAGACUUGGAGACCUAGCAAGACGUCAACGUCAGCAGGAGAGCCUUGAAGGAACUGUGGCAAUGUUUAGGUCACGCCAGCGCCAAGACGCGUCAUACCUGCAAGUGCUCGAUAUCCUUCAGGCACGAGAGCGAGAUGAUCGCGACCCAGAUGACACUACAAUCAUAGUGCCGCUUGUCAAUUCAGUUGCGAACAGAUGGGAGGAAGAUCAUGGCGUAUUUGAGGUGCCGCCUUCACCAGAUAAUACCGCGGGACUGGCUUGGAGUGAAGAUGGUCGCACUAUAUUUGUCGGUGCACAGAACGGCAUAUACGAGCUUCACGUCGACGUGCAAAGCAGGAAAUUCUGCCCCAGCAUCUCGUUGAGGUGA